GCCUGGUGCUCAGCACAGCGCUCCUGCUGUGGAGGGGGCAGGCUGAGCCAGUCUCUGGGGCCCUGGAGAAGGGCCUGGAGAGAGGGGCCUGCAGCCAUCCCCCCAUGAGCUUAGAGCCGGAGGGGUCGUUGGAGGCCCAGCUGGCACUGGAGACAGUGGUCCAGACACUGGAGGGCAGCCUCCUGGGCCAGGAGAAGGGCCUGAGCGUGCAGGCCCAGGCCCAGGACUCUCAGCCCACCCGCCUGCCUGUCCACAUCAGAGAGAUUGUCACCCGCAACCUCUCCCAGCCCGAGAGCUCAGCCCCACCGCCAGCCGCAGAGAUGGCAUCGAUGCUGUCGCUGCAGGAGGAGAACCAGCUGCUGCAGCAGGAGCUGUCCCGUGUGGAGGACCUGCUGGCCCAGAGCCGUGCUGAGCGUGAUGAGCUGGCCAUCAAGUAUAAUGCGGUCAACGAGAGGCUGGAGAAGGCUGUGCAGCUGGAGUCUGGGGAGCUGGAAACACAGGAGCCCAGGGGGCUGGUACGGCAGAGCGUGGAGCUGCGGAGGCAGCUGCAGGAGGAGCAGGCCUCCUACCGGCGCAAGCUGCAGGCCUACCAGGAGGGCCAGCAGCGGCAGGCCCAGCUUGUGCAGCGGCUGCAGGCCAAGGUUGUCCAGUAUAAGAAGAAGUGCUCUGAGAUGGAGCAGCAGCUGCUGGAAAGAUCCACAGAGCUGGAGCAGCAGCGGCUGAGGGACACAGAACACAGCCAAGAUCUGGAGCGCACCCUCAUCCGCCUAGAGGAAGAGCAGCAGAGGAGUGCCAGCCUGACCCAGGUGAACGCUAUGCUCCGCGAGCAGCUGGACCAGGCAAGCUCAGCCAACCAGGCUCUGAGGGAGGACAUACGCAAGGUGACCAGCGACUGGAGCCGCAGCCGCAAGGAGCUGGAGCAGCGGGAGGUGGCGUGGAGGCGCGAGGAGGAGUCCUUCAACGCCUACUUCAGCAGUGAGCACAGCCGCCUGCUCCUCCUCUGGAGGCAGGUCGUGGGGGUCCGACGGCUGGUCAGCGAGGUGAAGAUGUCCACCGAGAGAGACCUGCUGCAGCUGGGAGGGGAGCUGGCCCGGACCUCAAGAGCUGUCCAGGAGGCAGGCCUGGGGCUGAGCACAGGCCUGCAGCUGGCCGAGAGUCGGGCUGAGGCUGCUCUGGAGAAGCAGGCCCUGCUGCAGGCCCAGCUGCAGGCCCAGCUGCGGGACAAGGCUCUCCAGGAGAAGGACUUGGCCCAGCUGCAGGUGCAGAGCAAUCUGGACAAGGCCAACCUCAGUGCCAGAGUGACAGAGCUGUCCCUGACAGUGGAGCAGCUUCAGAACCAGAACUUGGAGAAGGAUCAGGUCAACACAGCCCUCACUGAGAAGCUUGAGGAAUCCCUGCGGCUCCAGGAACAGGUGGCCCUGGAGACAGAGGAUGGAGAGGGGCUGCAGCAGACCCUGAGGGACCUGGCGCAGGCCGUCCUGUCAGACGUGGAGAGCGGUGUGCAGCUCAGCGGCUCCGAGCGCACUGCAGACACGUCGGACGGCAGCCUGCGGGGGCUCUCGGGUGCCCGGACCCCGUCCCCUCCCCGGCGCUCCUCGCCCGCCCGCGGGCGUUCCCCGCGCCGAGGCCCAUCCCCGGCCUGCUCGGACUCCUCCACUCUCGCCCUGAUCCACUCAGCCCUGCACAAACGCCAGCUGCAGAUCCAGGACAUGCGUGGGCGCUAUGAGGCCAGCCAGGACCUCCUGGGCACCCUGCGGAAGCAGCUUAGUGACAGCGAGGGUGAGCGCCGUGCCCUAGAGCAACAGCUGCAGCGUCUGCGGGACAAGAUGGAUGCGGCCAUCCAGGCCCAGGAAGAUGCCCAGCACGAGGCCCAGCGCCUGCGAAGUGCCAUCGACCUCCUGAACAGUGAGAAGGACAGUCUGGCCCGAGGCCUGCAGGCGGCCCAGCAGCAGGCCGAGGAGCUGCGGCAGGAACGGGAAAAGCUGCAGGUGACCCAGGAGGAGCUGCGGCGGCAGCGAGACCGGCUGGAGGAAGAGCGGGAGGAUACGGCGCAGGACGGUGCCCAGACACGCAGGGAGCUGGAGCGCAGCCAUAGACAGCUAGAGCAGCUGGAAGUGAAGCGCUCAGGGUUGGCGAAGGAGCUGGUGGAGGUGAGGGAGGCCCUGAGCCAUGCCACACUGCAGCGGGACAUGCUGCUGGCCGAGAAGGCUGAGGUGGCCGAGGCGCUGACCAAGGCUGAGGCUGGCCGCGUGGAGCUUGAGCUCUCAAUGACCAAGCUGAGGGCAGAGGAGGCCUCUCUGUGGGACUCCUUGUCCAAGCUGAGUGCCCUCAACGAGAGCCUUGCCCAGGACAAGCUGGGUCUGAACCGUCUCGUCGCCCAGCUGGAAGAGGAGAAGGCGGCCCUGCUGGGCCGGCAGCGGCAGGUGGAGCAGGAGGCCAGCUGGGCCCGGGAGGAGCAGGAGCGGCUGGAGCAGCUGCAGCUGGAGCGGGAGGUGGAGCGGCAGGGCCUAGAGGGCUCCUUGCGGGUGGCCGAGCAUGCCCGGGAGGCCCUGGAGCACCAGCUCCCCACGCUGCGUCAGGAGCGCUGCCGGCUGCAGGAGCAGCUGGCCCAGCUCUCCCGGCAGCUGAGCGGGCGGGAGCAGGAGCUGGAGCAGGCACAGCGGGAGACCCAACGGCAGGUAGAGGCGCUGGAGUGCGCGGCCCGGGAGAAGGAGGCACUGGCCAAGGAGCGGGCUGGCCUGGCCGUGCAGCUGGUGGCAGCUGAGCGGGAAGGCCGGACCCUUUCAGAGGAGGCCACACGCCUGCGCGUGGAGAAGGCAGCCCUGGAGAGCAGCCUGUUUGAAGUGCAGCGGCAGCUCGCCCAGCUCGAGGCCCGCCAGGAGCAGCUGGAAGCUGAUGGGCAGGCCCUGCUGCUGGCCAAGGAGACCCUGACUGGGGAGCUGGCAGGGCUGCGGCAGCAGAUGACAACUACAGAGGAGAAGGUGGCUUUGGACAAGGAGCUGAUGGCCCAGAAACUGAUGCAGGCUGAGCGGGAGGCCCAGGCCUCUCUGCGGGAGCAGCGGGCAGCCCACGAGGAAGACUUGCAGCGACUCCAGCAAGAGAAGGAGGCAGCAUGGCGGGAGCUGGAGGCAGAGCGGACCCAGCUGCAGAGCCAGCUGCACCGGGAGCGGGAGGAGCUGUUGGCCCGGCUAGAGGCUGAGAAGGAGGAGCUGAGUGAGGAGAUCGCUGCCCUGCAGCAGGAGCGUGAUGAGGGCCUCCUCCUGGCUGAGAGCGAGAAGCAGCAGGCCCUGUCCCUGAAGGAAUCUGAGAAAACGGCACUGUCAGAGAAGCUGAUGGGUACCCAGCACAGCCUGGCCACCAUCUCCCUGGAGAUGGAGCGACAGAAGAGAGAUGCUCAGAGCCGGCAGGAGCAGGACCGGAGCACCAUGAACACCCUGACGUCCGAGCUGCGGGACCUACGGGCCCAGCUUGAGGAGGCUGCUGCGGCCCAUGCCCAGGAGGUGAAGAGGCUCCAAGAACAGGCCCGAGACCUGAGCAGGCAGCGGGAAUCCUGUGUGCGUGAGGCAGAAGAGCUCCGGAGCCAGCUGCGCCUGCUGGAGGAUGCCCGCGACGGGCUGCGGCGGGAGCUGCUGGAGGCCCAGCGCAAAGUGCGCGAGAGCCAGGAGGGCCGCGAGGCCCAGCGCCAGGAGGCCGGCGAGCUACGGCGCAGCCUGGGCGAGGGUGCCAAGGAGCGCGAGGCCCUGCGGCGGUCCAACGAGGAGCUGCGGGGGGCAGUGAAGAAGGCUGAGAGCGAGCGGAUCAGCCUAAAGCUUGCCAAUGAGGACAAGGAGCAGAAGCUGGUGCUCCUUGAGGAGGCACGGGCGGCUAUGGGCAAGGAGGCUGGGGAGCUGCGGGCUGGGCUGCAGGAGGUGGAGCGCUCACGGCUGGAGGCUCGGAGGGAGCUGCAGGAGCUCCGGCGGCAGAUGAAGAUGCUAGACAGUGAGAAUACCAGGCUGGGCCGCGAGUUGGUGGAGCUGCAGGGCCGCCUGGCAGUGGGGGAACGGGUGGAAAAGGAGGGCCGGCGGGAGGCCCUGGGCCUACGACAGAAGCUGCUGAAGGGUGAGGCCAGCAUGGAGGCCUUGCGGCAGGAGUUCCAGGGAGCCCAGCGGAAGCUGCAGGAGCAGGAGGGCGAGUUCCGGGCCCGCGAGCGAGGCCUGUUGGGCUCCCUGGAGGAGGCGCGCGGCGCCGAGAAGCAGCAGCUGGACCAUGCCCGCAGCCUGGAGCUGAAGCUGGAAGGGGCGCGGGCCGAGGCUGCGGAGCUGGGGUUGCGGCUGAGCGCGGCCGAGGGCCGGGCGCAGGGCUUGGAGACGGAGCUGGCGCGCGUGGAGGCGCAGCGCCGCUCGGCCGAGGCCCAGCUGGGCGGCCUGCGCUCGGCCCUGCGCCGGGGCCUGGGUCUGGGCCGCUCGCCCAGCCCGGCCCCGCGGCCCCCGCCCGGCUCCCCGGCUGGGAGUGCUCCGGCGGGAGGAAGCAGGGAAGGGCUCAGGAGUCCCAGCCCCUUGGAACGCAGCCCUGGGUCUGAGCCACCAUCCCCAGGACCUGCCCCUUCCCCGGUGUCCCCAGACCUGGACCCGGAAGCAGUGCGGGGAGCCCUCCAGGAAUUCCUGCAGGAGCUGCAGAGCACUCAGAGAGAACGGGAUGAGCUCCGGGCCCAGACAAGUGCCCUGAGUCACCAGCUGGCCGAGAUGGAGGCUGAGAGGGACAGUGCAGCCUCACGGGCAAGGCAGCUGCAGAAGGCCGUGGCAGAGAGGGAGGAAGCCCGGCGCAGCAUAGAUGGGCGACUGAGUGGGGCCCAGGCAGAGCUGGCACUGCAGGAGGAGAGCGUGCGGCGCAGUGAGCGGGAGCGCCGGGCAGCACUGGACCAGGUGGCCGCCUUGGAGAGGAGCCUGCAGGCCACCGAGAGUAAGCUUCAGGCCGGCCAGGACAAGAUCAGCAAGAUGAAGGCCAAUGAGGCGAAGCUGGAGAGUGACAAGCGGCGGCUGAAGGAGGUGCUGGAUGCCUCUGAGAACCGCACCAUCAAGCUCGAGCUGCAGCGGCGCUCGCUCGAGGGGGAACUGCAGCGCAGCCGCCUGGGCCUGAGUGACCGCGAGGCCCACGCCCAGGUCCUGCAGGAUCGGGUGGACUCCCUGCAGAGACAGGUGGCAGACAGUGAGGUGAAGGCAGGGACUCUGCAGCUGACGGUGGAGCGGCUGAGCGGGGCCCUGGCCAAGGUGGAGGAGAGUGAGGGGGCCCUGCGGGAUAAGGUACAGGGCCUCACGGACACCCUGGCCCAGAACAGCGCCAGCCUCACCAGCACCCAGGACAAGAAUCUACACCUACAGAAGACCCUAACUGCCUGUGAACAUGACCGCCAAGUGCUCCAAGAGCGGCUGGUGGCUGCUCGGCAGGCAUUAUCUGAGGCUCGGAAGCAAAGCAGCUCCCUGGGCGAGCAGGUGCAGACCACGCGGGGCGAGCUGGCGGACCUGGAGCUGCAGCGGGCAGAGGCAGAGGGGCAGCUGCAGCAGCUUCAGGAGGUGCUGCGGCAACGACAAGAGGGUGAGGCCGCGGCCCUGCGCACGGUCCAGAAACUGCAGGACGAGCGGCGGCGGCUGCAGGAACACCUGGGCAGUCUGCAGCGCAGCCUGGCCCAGCUGGAGGCCGAGAAGCGGGAGGUGGGGCGGUCAGCCCUGCGUCUAGAGAAGGACCGAGUGGCCCUCAAGAGGAUGCUGGACAAGGUGGAGCGGGAGAAGCUUCGCAGCCACGAGGACUCAGUGCGGCUGAGUGCAGAGAAGGGCCGCCUGGACCGUACGCUCACAGGGGCUGAGCUGGAGCUGGCUGAGGCCCAGAGACAGAUCCAGCUACUGGAGGCCCAGGUAGUGGCGCUGGAGCAGGACCAGAGCCCAGCCCAGCUGGAGGCAGACGAGCAGCAGAGGCUGGAGUUACAGCAGGAGGUGGAGUGGCUGCACAGCGCCCAGGCACAGACGGAGCGCACCCUGGAGGCACGGGAGUGGGCGCACCGGCAGAGGGUGCGCGGCCUGGAAGAGCAGGUGUCCACAUUGAAGGGACAGUUGCAGCAGGGGCUUCGAAGGAGCUCAGCAUCCUUCCCCACCCACUCCGUCCCUCCAGAGAAAUGAGCCCCUUUCUGGCGGACAUCCUGGAGAGCAGCCCCUGGCCGGAGCAGGGGAGGGGCCUCCUCUUCAGCACCGUCUGCCUGGAACCUGAGUCCCUUGGGGCCACUAGAGCUGGGGCAGCUGGGGCAGCAGUGCGGCGGGGGCAGGGAGCCCGGCACCAGGCCAGACCUGCACAGCAGCGGUGCCCAGCGUCAGACAGCCUCCCUGUCUGAGGUCCCCCUCAGUCCAGCCCUCUGCCCUAGGAUUGGCCACUCCAGAUAGUAGGAGACCUUCCCUGAGAGUGACUGAGCUGCAGCCAGGGGUUAGGGAGACCCCGCCUCGUUGGUGUCCAGGCCUAGGUCAGGGGUCAGAGACCAUCUAGAUCCUCACUGGCUUCGCAGAGAUGUCUCCGCCUAGUUCAGAGUGUUUGUCAGGAAAUUCCUCAGAGUUCAGAGUCCCUGUAUUUUUAUACCUUUUUACAAUGUUAUCUGUUCAGAACUGUGUUUUUCUUUUUUGUAACAAGACCCUAUUUUCUAAAAACGGUUCAUAUAGACGUGUCCCUUUACUGUCAGUGUGCUGCUCCCACUAGGGAGGCGGUGGGAGGGCAGACAGAUGGGGCCUGGGCAAGAGGGAUGGGGGUAGCCCCAAGCCUGCCAUUCUAGCUGUGGACCCUGGCAUGAGCUCCUUAAUGCCUCUGGACUGUUUCCUGUCUGUAACCUGGGGAUAUUAACGGUACCACCCCAAGGCCUGUUUGGAGGGUUAAAUAGGACUGUGCCCAUCACUCAUGCACAGCUUGGCCUCCACAUGCUGGUCAGAGGGAGGUGGAAUGGCUUGCCAUGUUUCUGCCUUCUGACCUGCACCAGCCCCCAAAAAGCCCUUGAUCUCAAGAGUCCACCUACCUUGACCCCUUCCUUACACCCCCCUGUGCACGUCCUUAUGCUUCCACACAGGUGGCCUCUCCUCUUGGCUUGCACCCCUGUAAUGGGCACUCACGCCUUCCCCAGGCAGCCCUGCCAGCGAGAAAGGUGUACCCCUGAGUCGUCUUCUCCCUGCGCACACUCCUGCCCCCUGGCAGGGCGGUGGUCGUGGUCCGUCUUUCCGGGCAGGUCAGAACACAAGCCAGUAGAUGAGGAGGCAGGGCUGGGACUAC